AUGAAGGCGAUGAUAGGAGAGACGUGCAUUGUUGAUAGACAGAGAAGAGAGUUUAGCCGGAAUGUUCAUUUUCCCGGCGAGAUCCCUGUCCCCGGUGGAUCAGGGAUCCGACGUGUAAGGGAUGAUUUGUGUAGCCAAGAAAAUCAUGGAAUACUUAUGUUGGUGACGCGUGUUGGGGAAGAUUAUCGUGCGCGGUACGCAUUGGGUUUUGUUAAGAGUAAAUUGACGGUGUUGCCCCCUCCACUACGUCGAAUAUCGAGUAGAUGCCCCUCGUGUUCUGGUUUUAUCGAAAACCACCCACACUGA